GAUUCAGUUGUGUGUGAGAGAGAACGCCGACGGGAGCGCGCAGCAACGGAGAGAGAAGACCCGUUUGAACGCGAGGAGAGAGAGAGAGGGAGAGAGAGUUUGAGUGUGUGUGGGUGUGAGAGAGAGAGAUCGAGAGUGAACGAGAGGAGAGAGAGCGACGACCGUGAGGGUCCGGGUGCCUGAGGGACGGACGACACGGAGAGGGGGAGGUCUGAGGGAGCGAGUUAUCGUCUGACAGACCGAGACAGGUUGAAUGAAGCUGCACCUGGUGCUUCUGAGGGCAUUUCCCAUGUUUUGAUUUGCUCUGUUUUUUUAUCUUUCUAAACUUGGUUUCACCGAGCUGUUCCCUGCCAUGCCGUCCAACAGUCCUGCUACUGGUGAACCACCCCAGACACCAGAGAACGACACCUCUAACGAUCUGAGUGAAGAUGGUGCAGACCAGGACAGUCCAGAGGAGGGGACACCGGCGAGCCCCCGCAACAAGCGCAGAGUGGGUCGUCCCAGCAGGAAACGCAAACAGCUGCUUCCUGAGAUGGCAACCUCUGACCCCUGUGCAAACGCCCCCCCAACUCCGCCUGAGGAGCCGGCGCCUUCACCUUCCCCUCGCAAGAAGCGCGGGCGUCGGAAACAAGAGCCAGCGGAGAGAAAUAAGGACGAGCCAGAUGACAGAAACUGUGACUCCCCCAGAGAGGGAGAGACUGGGAGGCUGCGGAGAAGGCCAGUCCCCAGAGUAACUUUUCAGGCUGGAGAUCCAUACUAUAUCAGCAGGAGACAGAGAGAAGAAUGGCUCAGCCGCUGGAAGAUGGAGGCAGAGCGACGGGCCUACCGAGAGGCAGAGAUAAACAUGAUGGAUGACCUCUCAGAAGCUGACUUUCAGAAAGAGGAGGAGCCCGCCAGCCCUGCCCCUCCCCCUUCACAACAACACACAGACCCUGCCUCUCCGACGGUCGCCGUGACACCCGAGCCAGUCGCCAGGGGAGAACAGCCCACGCCCAGUGAGAUUGAAUACCAGGAUGGUCGGGGCUUUGGCAUCGGGACUCUGGUGUUUGGAAAGCUGCGAGGUUUCUCCUGGUGGCCCGGCAGGAUUGUUUCCUGGUGGAUGAGCGGCCGGAGUCGAGCUGCAGACGGCACUCGCUGGGUAAUGUGGUUUGGUGAUGGCAAAUUCUCUGUGGUCUGUGUGGAGAAGCUGAUGCCCCUGAGCUCUUUCUCAUCUGCCUUCCACCAGCCAACCUACAACAAACAGUCCAUGUACCGGAAAGCCAUCUUCGAGGCUCUGCGGGUGGCCAGCGUCCGGGCGGGGAGGCCAGUUCCUUCCUGUGAUGGCAGUGAUGAUGCGGAGGGGGUGGAUCUUCAGACCAGAGAGAUGAUAGAGUGGGCCAUGACCGGCUUCCUGCCCGCUGGUCCACAAUCACUGGACCCUCCAGAGGAGGAACAAAAUCCAUAUAAGGAAGUGUACCCAGAGAUGUGGGGGGAGCCUGAGGCUGCGUACACACCUCCACCUGCAAAGAAACCGCGCAAAAAUUCACAAGAAAAAGCAAAGAUCAGAGAGGUGAUCGACGAAGGGACCAGAGAGAGACUUAUAUUUGAGAUCAAAAAGAAGACCAGGAAUAUAGAAGAUAUCUGCAUCUCCUGUGGAAGCCUCAAUGUCUCCCUGGAGCAUCCUCUGUUUGUAGGAGCAAUGUGCCAGGGCUGCAAGAACUCGUUCCUGGAGUGCGCCUACCAGUAUGACGAUGAUGGCUACCAGUCCUACUGCACCAUCUGCUGUGGAGGCAGGGAAGUGCUCAUGUGUGGCAACAACAACUGCUGUAGGUGUUUCUGUGUGGAGUGCGUGGAUCUUCUGGUCGGGGCUGGCUCGGCAGCGGCAGCCAUCAAAGAAGACCCCUGGAACUGCUACAUGUGUGGACCCCGCAGCACCUACGGCCUACUGCGGCGGCGGGAUGACUGGCCCUGCAGACUACAGCAUUUCUUUGCCAACAACCACGAGCAGGAAUUUGAGCCGGCCAAGUUGUAUCCUCCAGUUGCAGCAGAGAAGAGGCAACCAAUCAGAGUCCUCUCUUUAUUCGACGGCAUUGCCACAGGUCUUCUGGUGCUGAAAGAUUUGGGCAUCCAGGUCGAAAAGUAUGUUGCAUCAGAAGUGUGUGAAGACUCCAUCACUGUCGGCAUGGUUCGACACGAGGGACGCAUCAUGUACGUGGGAGACGUACGCACCGUAACUCGCAAACAUAUCGAUAAAUGGGGACCAUUUGACCUGGUGAUAGGAGGAAGCCCCUGCAACGACCUUUCCAUAGUCAACCCUGCAAGGAAAGGACUUUAUGAGGGGACUGGCCGGUUGUUUUUUGAGUUUUACCGUCUGCUGCAUGAGGCGCGGCCAAAACCCGGCGAUGAGAGGCCGUUCUUCUGGUUGUUUGAGAACGUGGUCGCUAUGGGAGUCAGCGACAAACGGGACAUCUCCCGCUUUCUAGAGUGUAACCCAGUGAUGAUCGACGCCAAGGAGGUUUCUGCUGCCCACCGUGCUCGAUAUUUCUGGGGAAACCUGCCCGGCAUGUCCAGGCCUCUGACACCGAUGGCAAACGACAAGCUGGACCUACAGGAGUGCCUGGAGCAUGGCCGCACAGCCAAGUUUGAGAAGUUGCGUACGAUAACGACACGCUCCAACUCUGUGAAGCAGGGGAAAGACGAGCAUUUCCCCGUCUACAUGGACAACAAGGAGGACAUACUGUGGUGCACCGAGAUGGAAAGGGUGUUUGGUUUCCCCGUCCACUACACCGACGUGUCCAACAUGAGUCGUCUGGCCAGACAAAGGCUUCUGGGACGUUCGUGGAGCGUCCCUGUCAUCAGGCACCUUUUUGCUCCACUAAAGGAGUACUUUGCGUGCAACUAGUCACACACACCAACUCUCUCCCACGUACAGACACACACAUAUAAACAGAAACAGACACUGAUAACCAUACACAGUGUACAGUCAGUACAUGAAGGUUGGCUGACGCAAGAUGAAACAGAUGACCGGACAUACACACACAAACACUCACUCUGUAAAGGACUGCUUCCUGAGAUCCCUUGUAGACCACUGGCUGACCUUAGUCCCCUGGUGCUACCGUGCUGUUUAACACACACACACACACACACACACACACAGACACACAGGUACAGUUUUCUGUCAUACACAAAGUUCCUGUCCGACCUUGAAACUGAUGUCUUCUGGCUUUACUGUGUCGUAUCAGCUGGAGUUCAAACCUCCAGGGGGCGCCAAACUAACACAGAUGCCCUGCCUUUUUUCUGUCUUUAAGAUCUCUCUGAAUACGUACAAACAGACCAAUGAGUCCCGCAACACUUUACUGUAUUCAUGUGUUGUGAAAGCAGAAAGACACACAAACACACGUAACGUUCGUGGUGCUGGUCAGGCAGUGAUAGAGUCUAAAUGGUGCCACUUUAAUACAACACUUUUACAGAUUUUGGUGCUCUUGGAGACUGAAUGGUCUCUGCUUGUUUCAGUCGCUGCACUUUUGAGUUAAAAUAGACGAGCAGGUGGAGGCAACAGCAGGCAAAACAGGUAGCUGUGAGGCUUAAGGAUUGAAUGAGGGUGCAGGAGAGUGUCCAAAAGGAAGAUAACCCAGCUUAGAUUUCUUGAUGCAUGCUCACGGUAAGGAAAUCCCAAAAAGUUGAUUCUGGACGUAGCGCUUUCAAUGGGAGGAACGUUUCACUAGAGCGAACAGCGGAAGUGGAAGAACAUUGUAUCAAAAAGGCUUCAGUAAAGCUGGGAAGACAGGAGAGAAGGACAACUGCUACCUAAGCAAAAACGUUUAGUGAUCCUUUUUUUUCAGGAGUAAUAGAACAGCUGAGACGUAUUUUCUGUAAACACCACGUCUCGGUAGCUUUCAAACCCUAAAACACGCUGCGCCAAAAAUUGGUCCCCCCCAAGGAUCAGGUCCCCCAGCACAGAGUAAUAUAGUGCACGCUGUUAAGUGCCAGAAGGAUUGCCAUGAUUCAUACACUGGGGAAACCAAACAACCUCUGGCUAAGCGGAUGGCAUCUCUGAAUUGAGGAGGAGGCCUAAGGGUACAUCUUUUCACUUUCAUGCUGUGAUUGCAGUCAUUCCCCAACUCUCUGUGAACGGUAUGACAAUUUGCAUAUUUAUGAUCAUGAAACUGACCUCACAGUCCAUUGUUACUCAGUGGUGCUAGUUUUAGUCAUUAUGCAAAGGUACUGUUUAUAAGGUCGGGGAAACCUGCAGUCAGGUGAGACUGAAGAAGUCACCGAAAAUGCUACGUCCAGAUGAACAGAAUCAACUUUUUGGGACCAGCUCAGAUUAAUAUAUAGAGCCUUUUUCUUAGUGUGACUACAGCUUAAUAAGACUAUAACCUUUAAAUGUUUCUUAAAGGAGGAGGAUGCUCUUGUGCUACAAAUAAUCCUAGCAGGUGAAUUUAUACCUCAGUGCUAAAAAAAGAGAUUCACUUUUAUCUAAAGCAAUAUGAAAUAAUAAAAUAAAACAGAAUUUUAUUGGGAUGCAGCUGUGGUUUGAGGAGUUUAUUUUACUUGUUAAUGUUUGAUUUUUGUAUUUUUCAGUAGUUUCUUGUGUCUCCGGGUGGACUUACUAUUAUGACUUUAGUUUCAGUGUUAGUUUUACUUCUCCUUAUUAUGAAAUGUAUGGUAGUUUUUAUCAGGAUGGAAUAAUACAAUACAACAAAACAAACACAGAGAUGAAGACAUCCUGGUGUCCUCAACCUGGUUGACAAAUUGACUAAAACCGAAGACAGUUGCUGUAUAGUUUAAUAUUUUAUAUAGUUUUGUAAGUGUUUUGGUUAGUUUUCUUUUUAUUUCAGUUAACUUUUUUAUUUCAGUUAACUUUAACAGCCUUAUUGUAAGAUCAAAAUGCUGACAUAUAUAAAAGCAAAAAACCCUCUGAAUGUAAACAAAAGUUAUGAAAUUUAAAACAGAACUAGUACAGUAGAAACAUCCUCGCUGCUGUGUCUGCAUCCUCAGUGUUUAGAGUGCCCUCUAGUGGGAGACAACCAUGUUAGGGUAAAACAGAGUCAGUCACACAGACAAAAUAAAUAUAAUAAAGAGUGCGAAGUCAGCUGUUAUACUUGAUUACUUUCUUUACACGGUAUAUAAAACAUAAACUACUUCUACUUUCCUCACAACAAGCAAACCAUCUCUGUACUGUAUUGAUUACUUCCUCGUGUUUCACUUACGCUGGGAUGACAACUGUUAAAUGACUUUGGUGCUCAUUUUAAAUUUAAUAAUACUCCGAUGUAACUCAGCUGAUGAUCAUCAGGAACAAGUAGAUGUCAUCAUAUUAUACCAAAGUUUGCCUCGUUAAGGUUAUCGAAGGCAGAAGACGAUGUUCAUUGGAUGUUAGAUUGAUAAACUGGAGAAAUUUGAAGUUAAAUUCAAGUAAUCUCAAAUUUAACUUAUCUUUUGACUUCUCUCUCUUUCUUCACAAAGUAUUGUUUAGGGCUAAUGGGAAAUUUCUGUAAAAUGUUAUGCUUAUAACUCACCAGCAUCACAAAUUCCAAACAUCAAGUAUUUUGCAAAAUAAUUGAGUGUUUGAGUGGAUUUGAGAUCAUGGAACGCAAAUAUAUUUAUUGUUUAGGACUUGGCACAGUAUCCUCCAAAUGUGUAUUAACUGCAGUAACUCCAAUGCUUUUGCUGUUUUUGAACUGGCAUUUGAACGUGAGAUCCAAAUACUGCCAAGAGACCAAAGUAGAAACCGGAUUUAGCUUUUGUUUCAUUCUAUUCAUAUUCUAUUUUUUAUAUGUACAGUGAACCCAAAUGUAUACUAACAGUAUUCUGAAAAAUUAAAUCAAAAUUGAUUGAACAGUUUUAAUCAAACCUUUUUUUUCUUUAAAUUCACAUCAAAUUGGCAGAAGAAGGUCUAGAUCAGCUGAUUUUGGCAAUUCCUUAAAUGUGUUAAAGAGAAAUUAGCCCUUGGUGAAGUAGGACCAUGUAAUACCACUUUGUACCACAAGAUGGAACAUCAGGUUUAUGUAUUCUUACUUAGGCUGGCAGUCUGGCAAAUGAAAAGAGUAAAUGAAUGAAAGACCUCUUGAGGACUAAAAGCAAAUAUCAGAGAGUAAAAACAGAAACAGCAGCACGAAUCUCAAACCAUAUCAACAGAGUCACGUGGAAAACACUGCCCCCUGAUGGUGAAGGAUUUAGUUAAAAGCUGCAAACAGCUACAAAAAGUACCUUUAAAGAGAAAGCCCCUCGAGGCAUUUGGACAGUUUUUAAAUAUUACCUAAAUUAGCUUUAAUUUCAAAGGUCACUGGGACAUAAGAAACAGAAAUAAGAAAAAGAAAUAAAGUAAUUUUCCCCUGGAAGUUAAACUUCUAUCAACAUAGCAAAAUUCUCCCAGGAUCUCAGUUCAGGAUAUCUGUGUCUUAUAAUAUCUCUGUUUACGCACUUUCAAUCAUUCACUCCAACCAUUGGGAAUAUAAAGGACAGGAUUUUAUCCAUCAACUUAAAAUAACCAGUAGUCUUUUCUUGCAUCGCCCCCUGCUGGUCAAUCAAAAAAAAAAAAAAUCCAGGUUUAAGGCGCUUCUGUCUUUUACAGAAUGAGGUUAAACUCAUUCUGCAGGAUUAUUUCUGCCUGCAGAGCACCAUCGCCUCCGAGAAGCAUUAACCUAAAACAUUGGUGGUUAGAAGUAGAAGACAUUCAGCAUCCUCUUCUCAGCAGCAUUUUACGCUCCCUCCUCUUACGAUGCAGCUUCUUUCUGUGCCUCAGCUCCACUGUCAGUUAAGUGACUAGUCUGCCAUCCCCCUGGCACUCGUUCUCCCCCUGUGCUUCACAGGGAUCCAAAACGUCCUACAGUCACCGUUCUGCAUCGGCGUCGGCUGAAAGCAGAGGCCGACUUUACUAUGUGGACAAUAUGCUGGCUUUCUGCUUCCUGUGACUGAAACAGAUAGCCCUGUAUAAAUAAAAAGAAGCUUCCUUAUGUAACACAGGUUCAGCUGUGUGAGCCUUCUUGGGUGUUUCAUCUGCCUUUCACCCAAUGCAUGCUGGGAUGAACUCAGCCGCUCUGUGAAGAGGAAAUGUCAUCCAGUGUGGUGGCUGUAUUUAUUAUACACACACACACACAUACAGACACACACACACACACACACACACACACUAUGAGAAACAAGUUCAUAUGUAUGUUUUAUUUAGACAGGGCUGCCUUUAGAGAAAACAUUUCAGUCUGGUGCUUUUGGUCCUCGGACGACCAUCUUUUCCAGGAAGCCUUCCGAUCCUCAGACCUUCCUCAGAUACCAGCUUACAACUGGACACAUGCAGUCUAUGCCGUCUGACACACACAAACACACACACAGACCUUCACACAAACAUGCACAAACUCUCAUAGCCACAGUAAGCCAGCAGGUUCAAAGAUUUUGUUCCAUCAUGUUUACUCUCCGUUUCUACAACCAACCUUCAGGUGCUUUUUAAACUCUGCUCUUUUUUACAGCGCUCUUCUUGCAGGUUUCACACACACUCACUCACACUCUCAUUUGCUGGAAACAACCUUCACACUUCUCCUUUGGCUACAGAACACCCAACACCACUACACUCACACAUGCAUACACACUGUGUUCUUGCCGGCCGCCUGUCCGCCAUCAGGCUUUCCGCAGCGCUGCUGGCUGUGACAUCAUCAUGGCCCCACGACGCUUGGUGCUCCCUAAUCCCUCCCUCACUCCAAUAACCCCACCUCGCCCUGCCCUGCCCCUCCCCAGGUGCUGCAUGUCAGUCAGUCAGUGUAAUCUCCGAUUCCAUGUUAGAUUAGGGAGUAACGAUAAUAAUAAUAUGGUAAUAAUAAUUACAGUAAUAAUCUGUUAUUGUGUGUGUGUACUGUUCCAGGUUGGUGCUCAGUUCAGUUCAGUCUCAGCCUAGAGUGGAGAGAGAGAGGCUAGAGAAAGCAUAUAUUACAGUUAGUAUAGUGACUUGUUCUAUUUUAAAUCGUUGAAGCUAUGAGCCGCACGAUGCUCUCAAACAGAGACGGGUUGAGUUAAAGCUGGCUGUAAAAGAUGAAUUUCCACUGGCAUAAGGCGGUUCCCAGUCUGGAGGUCCUGAGGCUUAAGAAACGUAUUAAUUAAAUACAUGAGCUUCACAGAAUUUUAACAUUUCAGAUUUAUUUAAGGCCUUGUGCAGAUCUGAUCCAUGCCAAAACAUUUAAAACCAAAUUUAAUAACUUAGUUCCUAAAGUUUUGGUAAUCCUCUGAACCACAAAUCUGAGCUUCUUCAGAAGCUGUUAAACAGUUAAAUAACUUCACAACUUUUAGACGGGGAUAUUUAUAUCUAGAUGUAUAUACACGCCAAAGUAGCCAUAAUAUUAAAGUACCUGCCUAAUAUUGUAUACGCCCCCCUCAAUCUGGGAAGUUUAGAUCCCACGUCCAAACAUCAGGCUUGUUGUUGCGUUCCUCGAGCCAUAUUUGUGGUGUGCUGAGGGAGACCACUGCCAUUGGGGAGUGCCCUUGCCAUAAAGUGUGUGAGCUUGACAUGUAAGCCAUCGCUGGGUGGGCGUUUUGUGACAAAGUGACACCUGACUGAAUGCCAGGAUCCAAAUUUCUCAGCAGAGCAUCGCAUUAAAAGCGUGGUCACUCACUGCAGCUGCCAGUGGUUUAAGUCUUGUGGCUUAUCUGCGUUGUUAUAUUUGCUCUCGAGGCCGCUGGUUCAGCACAGGCGUGACGAAUUUCAGCCUGUUUACAUUUUCCAGCUGUUUAUUUUCCUUUUCUCCAACACGUCUCUGUGUGAGAGCUCCAUGGGGGGAAAAAGCGUGAGGAAAGGAGCUGACGUUUUUAAGUGACGGGUGAUACGGUGAUGAUGUUUCUGUUCGCCUAUCGACAGCUUUUAGGCUGAGUGAUGCGCUGUUUUAAACACUGAUACACUUUCAAACGCACACAUACACACACAGACAAACACACACUAUUAUGACACAGAGCGGCCGACGCUCACACGCAGAGAUACAUGCACAACACCUACAAAUACAAUGCUGUGGCGCAUGCAGACACUCAUCUCAUGGACUAAAUGUAAGAUGAGCUUUUAGGAAAAGGAGGACCUGUUGGUGUUUCAAAAGGUGCUAAAAUUUUAUCUGAAAACAAGAAAAAUUUAUUGUUAGGAGUAUAAAUCAAGUUUGUCUUUACAUUUACUGUAUUUAUGUUUGCGGUAGUGAAGAAAGGCACUAUUAUUAUUUUACUCUUGUAUGAAUAUGAACUAAUUAAAAAGGCAUUUUAACUUUGUACUUGAACAAUGUAAGAAAUGAACCGUGAAUAAACAAGAACUGUUUAUUGUGAC